CAGCGCAUUCUCUUGCUCGUGUGAAAAGCCCAGGGUUGCAGCAUUGUUUGCUUUUCUUUUAUUAGUACAAACCAUACAUACAUACAUAUACAUUCUUUUUUUUCUCAUUUAAGUAUUUCUGAGGCCAGUUGCAUGCAUUGUUUGUCUCCAAAAAUGGUUUGCGAGACUAAAAUUGUUGCAGAUGAACAUUCCAUACCGGGGACAAAAAAAGAUUCCAUUAUUGUGUCUGCUUCUCAAAUGUGGACUUCAUCGUCAUCAUCUCCGAACAGUCUCGAGGAAAACCUGAACAAAGACACCGUUUUUAUCCGCGAGUUUGAGCUCACUGACCACGAGGAUGUCCGCCGCAUCUUUUACGAUGGGAUAAUGGAGAGAAUACCCAAUACGGCAUUUCGGGGGUUAAAACAACAAACCAAAAUGCAAAUUCUAUAUACAUGUAUAACAAUAAUGUGCUUUGUUCUGACCAAAUCCGUGGCGCUGACCUGCUGCGUGCCCGUCCUUCUAAUGGGCGCGAGGUACUACUUCAGUAGGAAGGUUAUCCUCAGCUUUCUCGACUGCGCACUACACACGGACAUGGCUGAUAUUGAGCAGUAUUACAUGAAACCUGCAGGCUCCUGCUUCUGGGUGGCAGUCCUGCAGGGCAAGGUUGUUGGCAUCGUGGCAGCGCAGGGCAACGAGGAGGACAACACGGUGGAGCUGCGGCGCAUGUCGGUGGACUUGCGCUACCGUGGCAAAGGCAUCGCCAAGACCCUGGGCCGCAAAGUGCUGGAGUUUGCCAUGCUCAACAACUACUCGGCCAUCGUUCUGGGCACUACUGCGGUUAAGCUGGCCGCCCACAAGCUGUAUGAGUCCCUGGGCUUCAAGCACAUGGGUGUCACAGAAGAAUACACGCUGCCGGGGAUGAGCCACUCCUUCGUGGAGAGAAUGUUUUUCCAGCUUCGCUACCACCGCUACCGCCUGCAGCUGCGUGAAGAAUAAAUACCCUUUUUUUUGUCUCCCCCAAUCCACCCCACUCCUAAACCACAACCCCCAAAAUACACUUCUUGCUAUUUAUAUGAUUGUUGCGUUCGCCGAUCAACCCCGAACCUCGAACCCAACCCCAACUUUACUCACAUCCAUGACACCCCCCCCCCCCCCCCCCCCCUCACUCAUCCAUGUCUAAGUUGAAUCGGGCUUCAUGGUACACAAAGGAGAAUAGGAUUGCCCCAUCUUGAUGUAGGAAGGUGGUGCUACAGGUUUCAGCAGCACUUUGGCCCUUUGCGUGAUGUAUGAUAACUCAGUACUUCAGCAUGACUGAUCGGGUGCCGCUUAUUCGCCUGUCCCUUUGUUUACACCAUACACAGGUACCUAUAUAGUUAAGUACAGCAACUUGAAUACAGUAGUAUUGACAACCUGGUAAAUACAGUACAGUGCACUCUUUUUCUCUCACACCAAAAUAGAUUCAUACAGUCAAAUAUCUAUUUUAAAAAUCCUUGUUUAUUAAUAUCAAUGUUUCAAGGCUUGCUGGUUGAUCAACUUUUUUGUAUAUUUUUUAAUAUAAUUAAUUUAAGUUUUUAAUAUAAUUAAUUUAAGUUUUAAAAAAAAAAAAAACCUUUCAGCCCGAUCUGCUGUAUGAGGCCCAACGUGUUUGCACACACUCCUCACUGCCAACAAGGCAAUGAUGUUUUUGCACUUUCUUUUGGAUGCGCCGUCUUCUGCCAAACUACUGAAAAUAAAAAUAUAAAUACAUAUAUAAAAAAAAUGACAAACUUGGUGUAUCCAAAAAAGCACCCCUUGAAUUCUCUCCAUUCCUAUUGAUUUUACAAGCCAGCAAGGGAGAGACAAUUAACCUCUGAGCCUAUUUUGUUACAUAUUGUAAAAAAAAAAAAGUAUAAACUAAUAUGAAAUAUUAAACGUCCUUGCCUUGUCUCUUAUGCGCAGUAAUCUGCAACCCUGGGCCAGACCUCUGCAUGUGCACUGGAGUCUGCACUCUGCUGCUCUUUUAUUCCUUGUUUUAAUUCUUUGCUUGUGCUGAAUGAUGUCAUUGGAGCAGGCAGGUGGCUUCAGUUUGUGGUGAUACAUUUACACAUUAAUGUGUGCAGCGUGCAUGCCGGGCCAAAACAGAGACUGAGAAGUGAUCAUUUUCAUGAGGAAUAGAGCUUCAUUUAUUAGCUGCCUGUGAGUAGACAAAAAAUAAUUAAAUAUUAUCAGUAAAUGUGUAAACAUUCCUGGCUGCAGCCUUUGCUUGAAAAAACAAUGAACUGCUUUAAUGACAUCACACCUUUUAAAUAUAGAAUACAAAAGCAAUGCAGAACUGGCAUGUGUCUGAGCCUGGAGUAUGUGUAGGGUUAUAAAGAACGACAACAAUGCGAGGAAGAAGAACUAGAAAUAUAGAAGCCUUUUUUUUUAAAUCCUAAAAUAUACAUUUGUGUGUUAUGUGCUCAAACGAAUAACUGUUUUGCAUGUGUCUUCGAGGGAAGAAAACAAAAACAAAUCUAAAAAAUGCAAGUUGAAAUGAAAUAAUAUAUUGAAUGCAAUUUAGUCAUGCUACUGUAGAGGUGGGAACGUACGGGGGAUAAAAAAAAUUACACAGUAUCGUUUUGUACAUUUCCCUGCGAGUGAUAUGAGUGAAAUUGGAUGUACGUGGAAAUUCUUUCCCAGUCCUGGUACCUACAUGUGGUACAUCACUGAUAUGUGAACCACAUUCAGUAUGCCAAAUCCACAUGUGGUUUCUUUUUGGUAAAGUCAUAAAUUUAAUUGAAUUUAUUGACAUAUACAAACAGGAUUCUUCUAAGAAUGCGCCAAUACGAAAUGUAAUAACUGGAUUUAGCAGAUUUAAAAAAAAAAAAAAAAAAAAAAAAAAAUCAUCACAGUUAUUGCUUCUCGGAGCUUCCCUUGCAGACGUAUUUAAUAUUGAACUGGUCUAAAGCACAGCGAGUUGGGUUACAUUACUGUAACUUCAAACAGACUUUGUUUCCAAACUGCUACAUUUCUUGAAUUGAGACUGCAAUAAAAAUGAUGCGUUUCAACUUAACAAGUAUUAAAUAUGCAACUGACACAAGUCCAUGUGUUUUGGUAUGGUACGUUUGUAUGGAUUUGUUAAAAUCAACAAAGCAAUCUGAACCAAAUGUUAUGAGAGAUUUUUUUUUUUUAAGUGUACUGCAGUGGUUAACUUUUUUUUUUUUUUCCCAAGCUGAUUUUUGUGUGUUAGCCAUUGUAGAUUGAAUACAGUAUCUGGAUCUAAAAGGCACAAAAAUAAUAGUAAGAAAUUGUUCAGGGUUGAAUCAGUUUACACUUCAGUGCGAAAUGCAGCUAGUAUUUAAAGCAACAACAAAACAAAAAACAAACAAAAACAAAACAAUGGGUAGGGUUUUUGAUCAAUAACAUUUCUUACAGAAAGGUAUCCUGAAAUUACCUUAACCUUUAACCGUGAUAUUGUCUCAUAUAUAUAUA